AUGAGUGUGAGCCCCGACAGAAUCUCUUCUUAUCGCCGCCACUUUGAUGAGUUCACUAGCAGCUCCGUGGUCAGGCUGAGGGUGAGUAGCCCAUCCCCUCCCAGACACCGGAGGUCAGCCAGCUACUGCCGGGAGACAUGUGAAGUACACACAGGGGGCAGGAGGACCGCCUCGGCCACACGCAGGCCACGCAGUAUGGUAGGUCCCGGGUUGGGGGCUCUGAUGGUACCAGUAGCGGAUCUGGAUGCAGCCAGCGCAGCAAAUCAAGAGUUUCUGAGCACCAGGAACAAUGAGAAGCGGGAAAUGAUUGUUCUGAAUGACAGGCUGACUAAGUACAUCGAAAGGGUGCGUGACUUGGAGCAGCAGAACGCCAUUGUGCAGGUUGAGCUGGAUGCGCUCCGCAGUCGCGGCAACCGACCCUCAGCUCUCAAGGCCCUAUAUGAAGAGCAACUGCGGGACCUACGGAGAGAGGCGGAACAGGCCAGGAUUCAAAGGGAUGUAGCAGUGGCUGCCAAGUCAUCAGUGUCUGAGGAACUCAGCACCGUAAGGAAGCGCUACGAAGAUGCAGUCGAGGGGAGGAAAAAGGCUGAAGGGGACAUUGAAGCAUUCCGUCCUGAUGUGGAUGCUGCCACUGCGGGACGCCUAUCACUGGAAAAGCAACUGGCAACAUUGGAAGCAGAGAUCGCCUUUUUACAGAGAGUUCAUGGCGAGGAAAUUGAGGAAUUGAUGAAGCAGAUCUACAAUAUGUCCGCCUCCUGUGAUCUCGCAUUCUCCAUCCCAGACUUUGCUGCUGCUCUGAGGGACAUUCAGACAGAAUAUGAAGAAAUUGCAGCCAAGAACCUGCAGGAGAUGGACGAGUGGUAUAAAAGCAAAUUUGUUGACUUCAAUCAGACUUCUACAAAGCAUGCGGAAAACGUGAGACAUUACCGAGGAGACAUGGCAAACUGCAAGAGAAGCAUUAAAGGCAAGGAAAUGGAAUAUGAAUCCCUGAAGAACAAAAAUGCAGCAUUGGAAGCCCAAGUGAAAGAGACUCAAGAGAAAUACCAACUUGAGAUAGAGGGUCUACAGGAGCAAAUCAGAAAAUUAGAAGAUGAUUUGAGAUCAUUAAAAGAAAAAAUUGCCUUGCACUUACGGGAAUAUCAAGAUCUACUGAGUGUAAAGAUGGCCCUGGAUAUUGAGAUUGCCACAUACAGGAAACUAAUUGAAGGGGAAGACAGCAGACUUACCACUUCAGUAAGUGGGGUUCUCCUUCAGAGUAAAGCAUCUCAGGGCUCACACGUGAUCUCUAGUGGAUGUGUGUCUCAUACUUUGGAGCAGAAUGAGAGGACAACUGUUCUAAUAAAUUAAGACAGAUGAAGAAGUGUCUAUGAAGAGUCAGAAUAGUGACGUGUUACAUUAUGGCUAAUAAGGAUGGACUGCAAGCAGAGUCCAGAGGAGGCUGAAUACGAGACUUCCUGAUAUCUUCUUCUGUGUUCUUUUGAUCCAGCUGCUUGUAUUGCCAAUCUUAUUA